AUGGCGCAGAUGUUCUUCUUAAGGGGAACGAGGGUUACGAUACGUAGCCAAGACGUUUUCUUUCCAGAGCCUCCUUCUCUCUUCAUCUGCCCAUCUCCUCUUCCUCUGCUGGUUCCUGGGCAGGUGCUGGUGGUCCAGUGUGAGGCGCCUGGUUUCGCUCCUCACACUCUGGAUCUGAGCUGGGAGUUCAGCGGGGCAGAUGGGACGUCCCGCUCUCUGGGUCAAGGCAGUGUAACGGGUCACAGACAGGCGUCUGAUGGCACCUUCAGUCAGAGCAGCCGUCUGGAGCUGGACAGAAGGCUGGGACUCGGUCGUAGUGGAGACAUCACCUGUAUAGCCAAACAUGAGGGAGGAACACGACGAGCUUCUGCAACACUCAAUGAGAUCGGUGUCAGUGCUCCCUCUAUUGAGGACUUAAUGGAGAUGGUUGCCGUCGCUCUUGUUUUUCAUGGCAUGAUAAAGUUUCUUUCCUGGACAUUCAGCUCUUCUGGUAAGUCAGUUCAGUCUGAUCACUACAAUGGUUGA